AUGACCAAGAUUGUCGCUGUCCUUUACUCUGGCGGCAAGCACGCCCAGGAGGAGCCCCGCCUGCUCGGCACCGUCGAGAACAAGCUCGGCAUCGCAGACUGGCUCAAGGAGCAGGGCCACGAGCUCGUCGUCACCGACGACAAGGAGGGCGCCGGCUCCGCCUUCCGCCAGCACGUCAAGGACGCCGAGAUUGUCAUCACCACGCCCUUCCACCCGGGCUACCUCACAAAGGAGGUCCUCGACGAGGCAAAGAACCUCAAGUGCUGCAUCACCGCCGGCGUCGGCUCCGACCACGUCGACCUCGACGUCGCCAACCAGCGCGGCAUCUCGGUCUACGAGGUCACCGGAUCCAACGUCGUCAGCGUCGCAGAGCACGUCGUCAUGACCAUCCUCAACCUCGUCCGCAACUUUGUCCCCGCCAACCAGCAGUACCUCGGCGGCGGAUGGAACGUCUCCGAGGUCGCCCGCGACACCUACGACCUCGAGGGCAAGGUGGUCGGCACCCUCGGCUCCGGACGCAUCGGCUCGCGUGUCCUCCAGCGCCUCAAGCCCUUUGACUGCGCCAAGCUGACUUACUACGACUACCAGCGCAACGAGGCCCUCGAGCGCGACACGGGCGCCGAGCGCCGCGAGGACCUCAAGCAGUUCCUCUCGGAGCUCGACGUCCUCACCAUCAACUGCCCCCUCUACCCCGAGACCAAGGGCCUCAUCAACGCAGAGAAGCUCUCCUGGCUCAAGAAGGGCGCCUGGAUCGUCAACACCGCCCGCGGCGCCAUCGUCGACGCCCAGGCCGUCAAGGACGCCCUCGCCAGCGGCCACAUCCGCGGUUACGGCGGUGACGUCUCCAGCAUCCAGCCCGCCCCCAAGGACCACCCAUUUAGGACGGCUUUUUACAAGUCUCAGGCGCCCAACGGCAAUGCGAUGACUCCGCAUGUUUCCGGAACCUCCAUCGACGCCCAGGCCCGCUACGCCGCCGGUACCAAGGAGAUCCUGCGCCGCUACUUUGCCGGCGAGAAGCAGGAGCCCGCCAACGUCAUCGUCGAGGGCGGCGCAUAUGCUACCAAGGCCUACGGGCAGCGCAAGUAG